AGAAGGUUUUUUUUACAGCAAAAAAAGAAAAAAAAGAAGAAGAAGAAGGGUUGUUUCCACGGGGUUGUUCUAGUCUGCAAAAUCCUUCUAUCUCCUGGUCUGCCUGCUCUCCGGUAUUCCGUUCUCCGCGCUUCUCCCCCUUCCGCUCCGAUCGGGUUGGUCGGGCGAGCUGCUAAAGGGUUUGCGCUGAAGGUUUUCGUGGGAGUUGUCCGUCCAUGGCGGCUGAGCUGGUGGGGCCGCGGGUGUACAGCUGCUGCAACUGCCGGAACCACGUCUGCCUUCACGACGACGUCGUCUCCAAGGCCUUUCAGGGGAGGAAUGGCCGUGCCUUUCUGUUCUCUCAUGCCAUGAAUGUAGUUGUGGGGGCGAAAGAGGAUAGGCAGCUUAUGACGGGGCUACACACGGUGGCUGAUAUCUACUGUAGUGAGUGCCGUGAGGUGCUGGGCUGGAAAUAUGAGAGAGCAUACGAGGAGACACAGAAGUACAAGGAAGGGAAGUUCAUAUUCGAGAAGUCAAAGAUUGUCAAAGAGAACUGGUAGUAUUGAAGAUUAGACAUGUCAAUCUUUCUGCUGAAGAUUACACAUUCAUUGUUACAUGGUCACAAGUUUGUUUUGGUUCGUUACGUCUUUGUAAAUAUAGUCAUCCAAGGGUUCCAAAUCCAAUCUCAAGGCUUCAAGUUCUUGUCAGUGUCAUCUGUAAGUGCACGCCUGUCCGUUUCAGUGAAUAACAUACGCCUUGUGGUUAUCUGUUCUGAAACCAUGAUAUCCAAUAUGCAUAAUUUGAUGGGUCUUGACAGAUUGUUUAUAA